AUGUCGUCCCACGUUUCCCCUGUUGAAAAGCCCUCAAUCAACAACGGGCAGAGAUCUGAUAUUGUCCCGACCUUCUGUAAUGAAAAGAACUCUGUAAUACAGAAACGAGUCGAGGAUAAUAGCUCGUCUUCCUCUGCCGAUAUGCAGUACACCAACGACAACGAGGAGCCAGAGCUGCAUGCCCGAACAUAUAUCGCGCUCGCCGCUAUGUUCCUGUUGAAUAUGGUGCAGGUUGUGGCGCUGCUGGGCCCGCCGGCGAUGCUCGCAUACAUCGGCGAAGAUCUCCACAACGUAGCCGCCGAGUCCUGGAUCCCAAACUCGCUUUCUCUCGUCCAAGCCGUCAUAUCGCCGCUCAUUGCCUCAGCCUCCGAUGCUUUUCAAGCACGUAAACUGUUUCUAGUCGGGCCAUGCCUGCUUUCCUUCAUUGGGUCUGCAAUUGCUCCCGGAUCGGCAAGUAUCUAUCGUUUGAUUGUGGCCCAAAUACUUAUUGGGUUUGGGUUUGCGACUGUUCCGCUGGCUUAUGUUAUACCUAGUGAGAUUCUGCCGAGGAAAUGGAGACCAAUGGCACAGGGUGCGAUGAAUGUUGCAGCUGCUCUUGGAGCUUGUUCAGGGCCUUUGAUCAUUGGAUCCUUGAUAAAGCAGAAUGCACAUACAGGAUGGAGAAACUUCUACUGGACCCAAAUGGCCCUUUGGGGAGCGUGUACACUUAGCCUCUUCUUCGGAUACAAACCGCCAAAGCGACACAGUCGACUCGAUCACUUGUCCUUCUUCCAAAAGCUUGCACGCCUAGAUCUCCCCGGAUGUGCACUUUUCACAGCAGGGCUGACACUACUACUUGUGGGAAUGAACCUGGGCAGCAGUUUGUACGAAUGGAAUGAUGCUCCAGUACUAGCCACUAUCGUGGUCGGCUGUGUGACAUUGCUGUCUUUCGGACUUUACGAGUGGAAAUUCAUGAAAACCGGAAUCAUUCAUCACGAUCUAUUCCGCGGUGGUAAAAGCCAAGGUCGCAGUCUCGCAGUCUUUCUGUGUCUCAUCUUCAUCGAGGGAAUCGUGCUCUUCGGCUACAUGAUAUUUUACCCAGUCAUUACAUCCGCCCUCUUCGAAACCGACCCUUUUCUUCAAGUCGCCCGCAGUCAACCCGCCUGGAUUUGUGGAAUGCUCAGCACUGCCAUAUACGGUUUGCUCAGCACCAAAACGCGCUCCAUCCGCAUUCCCAUCGCGAUAGGUUUCACCAUACUUACUGGUGGCCUCAUUGGCCUAGCCACCAUUCAGCCUACUGAUUCAACGUCUGCUAUCGUUUUAUCUGGGCUCUGGGGCAUCGGAUUUGGUGCACCGCUCUGCCUCAUUAUCGCUGGCGUCCAGCUGUCCACGCCGCAUAGUCUCAUCGCCACUGCUACUGCUCUGACGAGUAGUACAAGAGCUGUUGCGGCGACGAUGUUUACGUCGAUUUUUAUAGCUACUGUUAAUGGCCGAAGAGAGAGAUUCGUCCCGAGUUAUAUCGCGGAGGCGGCUCUCGGUGCUGGCCUUCCUCCUACAUCAGUGCCAGCAUUCGUCGGUGCGCUUGCGUCACGGAAUAUGACUGCGCUACCAAACAUCCCGGGAGUUACUCCAGCUAUAAUAGGCGCUGGUGUGACAGGAUUGAAACAAGCUGUUGCUGAUAGUGUGAGAGUGGUGUUCAUGAUUGUAGCGCCGUUUGGUGCUUUGGGUGCGCUUUGUUGUUUCUUUUUGGGGAGCUUUAAAGAGCAGAUGAGUUAUAGGGUCGAUGCUCCAAUCGAGGAGUUACAUGCGAAGCAUCACCAAGAGAGUGGAGAUAAGUUGGCUUAA